AUGGCCAAACCAAAACCAAAGCUUCAUGUUGCAGUGUUCCCAUGGUUAGCUUUAGGUCAUAUGAUUCCUUACUUGCAACUCUCCAAGCUCAUUGCAAGAAAAGGCCAUAACGUCUCCUUCAUCUCCACACCUCGUAACAUUUCACGUCUUCCCAAAAUACCCUCCAACCUUACCGUAAUUUUCGUGUCUUUACCGUUACCUCACGGCGUCGACCACCUCCCGGAGAAGGCGGAGGGCACAACCGACGUCCCGGAGACUCACAUCGCCUAUCUCAAGGAGGCCUUUGAUGGGCUUUCUGAAGCUUUCUCAGAGUUUCUAGAAUCUUCAAAGCCGGACUGGAUAGUGUAUGAUAUCUUGCACCAUUGGGUUCCGCCUAUCGCCGAGAAGCUCGGCGUGAGACGGGCCAUGUUCUGCACGUUCAAUGCAGCUUCCAUCAUCAUCAUCAAUGGGCCAGCAUCAAUCAUGAUCCAUGGUCGUGACCCUCGAAAGACCGUGGAAGAUCUCAUUGUGCCACCACCAUGGGUCCCGUUUGAGACCAACAUAGUUUACCGUCUCUUUGAGGCUAUGAGGAUUAUGGAGUAUCCCACGGCAGGUGUAACCGGAGCUGAAUUGAACGAUAACUAUAGAACUGGUUUGACUUACUUUGGCUCUGAGGUUAUUGCGAUUAGAACAUGUAUGGAACUCGAACCUGAGUGGAUUCAAUUGCUCAGUAAGCUCCAAGGAAAGCCUGUGAUUCCAAUCGGUUUGCUUUCGCCUUCACCAGUAGAUGAGGCAGAUGAUGAAGGGCCAUGGCUAGACAUCAGAGAAUGGCUGGAUACGCAGCGAGUAAAGUCUGUGGUUUAUGUAGCCUUAGGAACCGAAGUGACCGUUAGUAACGAAGAGAUCCAAGGUUUAGCUCAUGGGUUGGAGCGUUGUGGGUUACCUUUCUUUUGGAUGCUAAGGAAGAGGACAGGAGCUUCUGUGUUUCUUCCUGAUGGGUUCGAAGAGAGAGUCAAAGGGCGUGGAAUCGUUAGGACCGAGUGGGUACCUCAGACAAAGAUACUGAGCCAUGGUUCAGUUGGUGGGUUUGUAACUCACUGUGGGUGGGGAUCAGCUGUGGAAGGGCUUAGCUUUGGUGUCCCUUUGAUCAUGUUUCCAUGUAACUUAGACCAGCCGCUAGUAGCUAGGUUGCUUGGUGGGUUGAAUAUAGGCUUGGAGAUUUCAAGGAAUGAGCAAGACGGGUCAGUCACUAGUGCUUCUGUCGCAGAGACAAUCAGACUAGUUGUUGUGGAAGAAGACGGAAAGAUUUACAGAGACAAUGCUGCAUCUCAGCAAAAGAAAAUAUUUGGGAACAAGAGAUUGCAAGAUCAGUAUGCAGAUAGUUUUAUCGAGUUCCUGGAGAAUCAAAGAGCAGGAAUGUAG